AUGGUGCAUAAGGCUGAAUACUUGGACGACCACCCAACUCAGAUUUCCAGCAUUCUUUCAGGAGGUUACAACCACCCAUUACUUCGUGAAUGGCAACAUGAACGUCAACUCAACAAAAACAUGUUCAUCUUUCCCCUGUUUGUCACAGAUCGACCAGACGAAGAAGAACUUAUUCCUAGUCUACCUAAUAUCAAGAGGUUUGGCGUUAACAAGUUGAUUCCUUAUGUAGGAGGUUUGGUUUCCAAAGGAUUGAGGGCGGUGAUCCUAUUUGGUGUUCCUCUGAAGCCCGGUGUGAAAGAUGAAGAAGGAACGGCCGCUGAUGAUCCAGAGGGACCUGUUAUCCAAGCCAUCAAACACUUGAGAAAGAACUUUCCUGACCUGUAUAUCAUCACCGAUGUCUGUCUAUGUGAGUACACCAGCCAUGGACAUUGUGGAAUACUAUAUGAGGAUGGCACUAUCAACAGAGAGCUCUCAGUCCGUCGUAUUGCUGCUGUAGCUGUCAAAUAUGCUCAAGCUGGAGCCAACUCUGUGGCUCCUUCUGAUAUGACUGACGGCAGAAUAAGAGAUAUUAAAGAAGGCUUACUAAGUGCAGGACUGGCACAUAAAACGUUUGUUAUGUCCUACGCUGCAAAAUUCUCUGGUAAUUUGUAUGGCCCUUUCAGAGAUGCUGCAGGUUCCUGUCCAUCUCAAGGGGACAGAAAAUGUUACCAGCUUCCUUCUGGAGGAAAAGGGUUGGCCCAUCGUGCUCUGAUUCGUGAUAUGAAUGAAGGCACUGAUGGAAUUAUUGUCAAACCAUCUACAUUCUAUUUGGACAUUGUCGCUGAUGCUUAUCAGCUUUGUAAAGACUAUCCUAUCUGCUGUUACCAGGUUUCUGGAGAGUACGCCAUGCUACAUGCAGCGGCAGAGAAGAAUAUUGUUGAUCUGAAAUCAAUCGCUUUUGAAGCUCAUCAAGGAUUCUUGCGGGCUGGAGCUCGUUUAAUCAUUAGUUACUUUACCCCUGAAUUCCUGGAGUGGUUAUCUGAAUGA